AUGGAGAAAUAUAGUAAAUGGAGAGAUUUUAAGACAGGUAUUCAUCCAUUCAUGACACAAAAUCAAUUUUCUAUACAAACAAUCUUAUUUGGUAUUUUUGUUUUUCCUAUUAAAGUUAUAAUGGUUAUAGAUACUUUAUUAUUUUUAUAUAUUACAGAAAUAUUACCAAUGAAUUCAAUAAUCCAAUUUAUCCAAAAUUGUUUAUUGAGAAUAAUAUUAUUUGUUUGUGGAAUUUAUUCUAUUCAAAUUAAAGAUAAAUCAACAAAUAAACAUGUAAUUGUUAGUAAUCAUCAAUCAUUUCUUGAUAUUGUUAUUUAUCGUUACUUACUUAAUGCAACAUUUGUUUAUCCAACUGAACAAAACAAUGAGUCACAAGAUGUUUAUGAAUUAAAAUUAUUCCAAGCUAUGAAACGUAAACUGAUUAAAUCAAAUUAUAUUAUUUAUUUUAUUGAAGGAACAACAGAAAAUGGAGCUAUUAUUUUAAAACCUCAAUUAUUACCAAUUCAAAAUAUAAAACCAUUAACAUUGUCUGGGUUGAAAUAUAUUUCUUCUUUUAAUACUUUUUAUAGUCAAGCAACACCAUUCAUUAAGUAUAUUUUUGGAAUUCUUUCUCAAAUUCAUUGUAAAGUUAAUUUAACUCUAGAAACUUGUACUGAAAUAAAUGAAGAAAUAAUUAGUCAUUUCUUUAGAAAUAACUUAAAAGUUACAAUUUCUUCAUUUAAUUCAUAUGACAAAUCAGAGUUUGUAAGACUUGCAUCAAAGUAA